AUGGCAAGCCAGGAAAAGAGGACUACCCGGGCAACCUCCGGAGGAGCAACACCCUUAACAGAACCAGCUCCGGAGCCUGUAGCUCACGAAGCCGACAACCACCCGAGAGAGGAUAUGGCCUCGAAGCUGGCUAGCCUCCGGAGACGAAUAGACGAGGAGAAGGCCUACUUCAACACUAUGGAAGAAGCCCUCCAAAUAUUCCGACAGUCGCACGGUGAAGACUACAGCGCCUACCCCCAGCCAACCGGCAACGUAUUGCAGCCCUCAAGUACAACGGCGCCUACCAGCGCAAGGGACAGAGUAUCCGCAAAUUCGUUGCGUACCUGGAGGAGUUGGAACGGGAAAUGGAGCCCUACACCGGUCUCAAAGAUUGGACGAGAGACGACUUACAACCUAGAGUUCAGGCUGCUAGAUCUUCCAGAUUCGUUCAGACCAUCAAUCGGUCUCUACACACCAAAUUUCACGUCUAGCGAGAAAUUAGCUGGAAAAUCAGCUCACCCACGGGUUUGCGCAUCUCAUGCAAAGAGGUCAAGUCCCGCUCUACAGAAGCAGAGAAAGCGUGGACGUCUCCAAUAUACAGCGCAAGAAGAUAAUUUGCUGAUGCGCCUCAAGAAGAAGGGCUUGCCGUGGAAAGAGAUACAUCGGGCUUUCAUCCGUGCUUUUUCAGACAGGAGCAUCGGAUCGCUUCAAGUACGUUAUUGCAACGAUUUGAAGGACAGAGACUCUGAAUCUGAUGACGAAUAA